CAUGUGACCGACUGCAGAGGCCGCGCUGCCUCCCCCGCCCGAGGUCUGCGCGCUCCGCCGCAGGGUGCAGAUCGGUGGCGCCCGCCUGGGUUUGGGGCGCAAGAGCAGAGGCGGAGCCAAGGCGGAGCCAGCGCGCCCCGUCCCCCCUUUCCCUAUCGAAAGCGAAACGGAGGGCCGGAAAGGAAGGGCGGAGCCCGCCUGGAGGCCCCGCCCCCUGCCCUGCGCGGCGGCAGGACCGACGGGCGCGCCCAGGUAGGGGGUCGCUGAGCGCGCAGUGCGGACCCUCGCUGGGACCUGCGCCGCCACCAUGUCUCAGGAAGGUGUGGAGCUGGAGAAGAGCGUCCGGCGCCUCCGGGAGAAGUUUCAUGGGAAGGUAUCCCCCAAGAAGGCGGGGACUCUGAUGAGGAAAUUUGGCAGCGACCACACCGGAGUGGGGCGCUCCAUCGUGUACGGGGUAAAGCAGAAAGAUGGACAGGAACUGAGUAAUGACCUGGAUGCCCAGGACCCCCCAGAGGAUAUGAAGCAGGACCGUGACAUCCAGGCAGUGGCAACCUCCCUCCUGCCAUUGACAGAAGCCAACCUACGCAUGUUCCAGCGUGCCCAGGAAGACCUCAUCCCUGCCGUGGACCGGCAGUUCGCUUGCUCUUCCUGUGACCACGUCUGGUGGCGCCGCGUGCCCCAGCGGAAGGAGGUGUCCAGAUGCAGGAAAUGCAGGAAGCGCUACGAGCCAGUGCCACCCGACAAGAUGUGGGGCGUGGCUGAGUUCCACUGCCCGAAAUGUCGGCACAACUUCCGGGGCUGGGCGCAAAUGGGGUCCACAUCCCCCUGCUAUGGGUGCGGCUUCCCCGUGUUUCCAACACGGAUCCUCCCUCCGCGCUGGGACUGGGACACGGAUCGCCGCAGCAACCACACCCACUCCUGCUCAGCUGAGGACUGCUACAACCGGCGAGAGCCCCACGUGCCUGGGACCUCCUGUGCGCACCCCAAGAGCCGGAAGCAGAACCACCUGCCCAAAGUCCUGCACCCCAGCAACCCCCACAUCAGCAGUGGCUCCACAGUGGCCACCUGCCUGAGCCAGGGGGGCCUCCUGGAAGACCUGGACAACCUCAUUCUGGAGGACCUGAAGGAGGAGGAGGAGGAGGAGGAGGGUGGGCAUGGGGAGUGACCCCUGCCAGGUGCAGAUGCAAACCAGACACGGUCUGUGGAUACUUUGUGUUGUUAUAAAAUGUGAGCUCAAACGG